AUGCGCCAUAGCUACAAGUUUUCAUGUAUAUAUCAUUUAUAUGAGGUAGCGACCCCAGACGUGAACAUAAUCAUAAUCACAAAAGCGUGUUGUACUUCCCAUUAAUAUAUACCCAGCCCAUCAAGCUAUUCCCAAAUGUCUACCAACAAUGAGAAGAGCCAAUCCGCUGGCGGCGGAGGGCUUGAGCUCCUAAAACUUAUCCUACCAAAGGUCCCCUUAAUGAUCAAAAUAAUUCUGCUACAUAUCCUGAAGAAAUCCGAAACCAGCCAAUAUUUAGACCUAAAAAGCGAACUGACCGUGUCAGUUGUACGGUCGAUAAUAGAUACUCCGAAGCCCGGGGCUAUUGCUGAGACUCAAGCCAUGACACGUCGGGACCCCGGCAUCAAGGGAAGAUUAUGGAUUAGCAAAGUGGCGUCUCAAGUACCCCCCGAGAAAGGAAUUCUUGAUGCUCUACUGGAUGUUGUCGAUGGCUUCAGGGGCCCUGCCGCGAGAGGCACUGCGCCGACAUUUCAAAUACCUGACAUUGUACCUGUCGAAGCGGAAUGGACAGGAUUUAGGGAGGCCGCAACCAAAGAAUCGACGUUACCGGAUAUCUCAGAAGAAGGAAAAUACCAUGAAUUGAUGAAGGAGUGUAAGAAUCCUUCGACGAUAUUAUUUUUCCACGGUGGUGCCUAUUACCUUUGUGAUCCGGUACUAUAUAGACCGAUGGCGAAAAGGAUAGCCAAGAUGUCAGGCGGCCGCGUAUACUCAGUCCGGUAUCGACUCGCACCGCAAGAUCCAUUUCCAGCCGCGAUAUUAGACGCUCUAGUUUCUUAUUUCACUCUGCUGUAUCCUCCUCCAGGAUCCAUCCAUGAGGCAGUAGCUCCCGAGCACAUCGUGUUUUCCGGCGACAGCGCGGGAGGCGGUAUUUCUCUGGCACUACUUGCGGUUCUACUAGAACUCCAACGGAAAGGCCGCAAGAUCACUUGGUAUGGCGAGGAUCGAGUAGUCCCUCUACCUGCCGGGGUUGCCAAUUUGUCCCCGUGGAUAGACCCCAUACAGAGCACCCCUUCGUUGCUCAGGAACGGGAAAUGGGAUUAUCUCCCACCUCCAAAGUUAAUGGCGGAAGAUUGGCAGCCGCCGUCGGACGAAUUAUGGCCAGCUAAACCCGCUCGGAAGCACAUUUACAUGGAUGAUGCGAAUUUGUUACAUCCGUUGGUCUGUCUGCAGUUGAAUGAGUCCUGGAAAGGUGCUCCGCCGGUAUAUUCAAGUUGUGGCUGGGAACGUAACCAGGAUGAGAACAGAUUCAUAGUGUCAAAACUCGCGAGAGACGGCGUAACGGUGGUAUUCGAGGAAUACCAAGCAAUGCCACACGUGUUCGCGGCCAUCUUACCCAACCGCCCCGAAACAAGACGCAAUUAUGAGGGCAUUGCGAAUUUUGUCAAGACUGUGUGUGAAAGCCCGGAGAAUAUCCAGUCGUCUUACAAAUUGAUCAGGGCGAAGACUUUAGAGGAGGUAGAUAUCGAGUUGGACAAGCUGUCUGAGUUCAGCGAGGAAGAAUUCAAGGAGUUGGCACGAAAAAAGGUGGCUAGCCUGAAUAUAUCGCCAGCGCCAGCUCCUGGUGUGCCGCCCAAGCUAUAAGUUCUUUGGCUGGGUUAUUUGUUUCACAUAUGAAUUCGUUGCGAAGGGGGAUGGAAUUGAGGAUUGGGUUCUUCCAUGUCAUUCGUAUAAGAUAUCAAGUCAUAGGCGAUAUACAAACAUUUAUCACGUAUAUAAUAAUCCCGAGAAGGAUAGGAUUGGUUCUAUACCUCAUAAGGUACCUAGGUAUGUAUAAUAAAGACUUAGAUUUGCGAGAUAUGACGAGAGAAAAUGGGAUGAAGAGGGACGGAUUAGUAACUCGCCCAACCCAUCGGUAGCGCUAAAUAUCCAGAUUCAGGGGUCCAAUAGUAC